UUUGGCGACGGUUGUAUUGUUUACGGCCAAAGAGUUGUGUUUGCUGGAUAUUGAAAGGUGAAAAGUGCGAUUUUUUGCUUCAUUGAGCAUAAUCGAGAGGGUUUCAUGAUAAUAUAAUAAUCCAGUGUAUUGAAGCACUACUCAAGCCGUUAUUAUGUGAAGGUUAAGUGCUAACGUGGUGCUAACCUAAUCGCCUUCAUGCCCUAACAAGGAACAUACCUAGUUUACGUCGAUUCCUGAAAGGAUCUUUCUUCUAAAUCUGUUAAACCUAGAAGUGCAUCGCAAUGCCUUCCAAGCUGAAGUACAUUGAAGUGGAAAAUUUCAAGUCGUACAAGGGUUUCAAGCAGAUUGGUCCUUUGCUACCAUUUACAGCCAUCAUUGGUCCCAAUGGCUCAGGGAAGUCAAACUACAUGGACGCCAUCAGCUUUGUCAUGGGGGAGAAAACAGGUCUCCUUCGUGUGAAGAGGCUCAGUGAUCUCAUUCAUGGAGCCUCCAUUGGACAGCCUGUAUCAAGAACUGCUGGAGUGACUGCAGUUUUUGAGCUGGAAGAUGGAACUGAGCGCAGGUUUGCCAGAUACGUACAAGGCUCGUCAUCUGAUCAUCGCAUAGACAACAAUGUUGUCAGCGUUGCUCAGUACAUGAGUGAGUUGGAGAAGCUUGGAGUGAAUGUGAAAGCCAAGAACUUCUUGGUUUUCCAAGGAGCUGUGGAAUCCAUAGCCAUGAAAAAUCCCAAAGAAAGAACUGCCCUGUUUGAAGAGAUCAGUGGCUCAGGAGCAAUGAAGGAAGAGUAUGACAGACUGAAAGCAGAGAUGGUGAAAGCUGAAGAAGACACUCAGCACACCUACCAGAAGAAGAAGGGCAUAGCAGCUGAGAGGAAGGAGGCAAAAAUGGAGAAGGAUGAGGCAGAGAAGUAUCAGAGAUUCAAAGAGGAGCUGAAUGACAAGCAGGCUGAGCUGCAGCUGUUCAGACUGUACCACAAUGAAAGGGAGAUAGAAGCAGCAGAGCUAGAAAUAGCCAAAAAGAGGGCUGAGAUUGCCAAGAUUGAAAAGAAGAAGGAAAAGGCUGAAGAUCACCUAAAAGAAAAGAAGAAAGAACAUGGAAAGCUUCAAAGAGACACAGCUAAACUUGACCAGGAGGUGAAAGAGAAAGAGGUGGAGAUCAACAAAAGAAGGCCCACAUUCAUCAAGGCCAAAGAACGAGUGACUCACAUGCAGAAAAAGGUGGAUGCAGCCACCAAGUCUUUGAAUCAGGCCCGCAAAGCUCAUGAGGCACACAUGCAAGAUAUUCAUGAGCUUGAGGAAGAAAUGAGAGCGAUUGACAAAAAACGAGCUGAGUAUGAAGAAACUGUGUCAGGUGAUUCUCAGAGCCAAGGGAAGUCUGUAAGCCUUGAGGAAGCUCAAGUUGCGGAGUAUCAUAGGCUGAAGGAGGAUGCUGCAAAACGAUCUGCAAGAUAUCUGCAGGAUCUGGACUCUGUGAAUCGGGAACAAAAGUCAGAUCAAGAUCGUCUCGACAAUGAACUGAGAAAAAAGCAAGAGGUGGAAAAUCGUCUGAAAACAAAAGGCCAUGAACUGGAAGAUGCCCAAAAGCGAAUUGAGAAACUUGAGGAACACAUCCGCUCCUCAGAAGCGUCUUUGGAGGAGCAGCGCCGUCUGCGGGAAGAACUGCAGUCUGAAGUUGGAACCAGCAAAGACCAGAUCACUGACCUGCAGAGCAAACUUGAGUCGGUCACAGAACAACUGGGAGACGCCAGAGUGGACAAACAUGAAGAGGCAAGACGGAAGAAAAAGCAGGAGAUUGUGGAGAACUUCAAGCGACUGUUUCCUGGUGUAUUUGAUCGCAUGAUCAACAUGUGCCAGCCCAUCCACAAGAGGUACAAUGUGGGCAUUACCAAAGUUCUUGGCAAGUACAUGGAGGCCAUCGUUGUGGACACAGAGAAAACAGCACGACAAUGCAUCCAGUACCUGAAGGAGCAAAUGCUGGAUCCAGAAACGUUCCUACCACUGGACUACAUCCAAGCCAAACCGCUGAAGGAACGUUUGCGCAACAUCAGUGACCCAAAGAACGUGAAGCUGGUGUACGACGUGCUUCAGUACAAUCCCCCUGACAUCAAACGUGCCGUGGUGUUUGUCACAAACAACGCGCUGAUCUCGGAAACUCCCGAAGAUGCCAUGAAGGUCGCUUACGAGAUGGAGGACGGCCAGAGGUAUGACGCCGUGGCUCUGGACGGCACGUUCUACCAAAAGUCUGGCAUCAUCUCUGGAGGCAGUCUGGACUUGGCUCGUAAAGCCAAACGUUGGGAUGAGAAGCACAUGAGCAAUCUGAAGAACGAGAAAGAGCGCCUGCAAGAAGCACUGCGGGAUGCGAUGAAAAAAUCUCGCAAAGAGUCUGAGCUGAACACCGUUGAGUCCCAGAUCCGUGGUCUGGAGACUCGUCUGAGGUACGCUCGCACUGACAAAGAGAACACUGAAGGCAAGCAGAUUCGGCAGCUCCAGCAUGAACUGGAACAGCUGCGGAAUCAACUGGAGACGUUUGCACCUCGCAUCCACGAGAUCGAGCGAACGAUGCGAAAGAGAGACGUGGACAUUCAGGAGAUCAAGGAGAACAUGAACUCGGUCGAGGAUGUGGUGUUCUCCGGCUUCUGUCAGGCGAUCGGUGUGCAGAAUAUUCGCCAGUACGAAGAGCGGGAGCUGCGUUCACAGACCGAGAAAGCCAAGCGACGGCUGGAGUUCGAGGAUCAGAAGAACAGAAUCACCAACCAGCUCGAGUUUGAACGCUCUCGCGACACGGAGAACAACGUGCGGCGCUGGGAGAAGUCCGUCGCCGACGACGAGGAAGAGUUGGAGCGCUGCAAGUUGGCCGAACAGAAACAAAUGGCUGCCAUCGACAAAGACAUGCGUGAGCUAGACAAGCUGAAAUCUGAGAAACUCGGCAUGAGGCAAGAGGCUGAAGAGAAAGAGGAAGAAAUCAACAAGGCUCGACGCGAAGUGGGCACGAUCGCCAAAGAGAUGCAGGGAGUUCAAAAGCAGAUAAACGCUCUGGAUGCCAAGGCUGAGCAGAAACGCAGUGAGAGACAUUCCAUCUUGAAACAAUGUAAGAUGGAGAACAUCAUCAUCCCGACGUCAAGAGGCUCGUUGGAUGACCUGGAAGGUCCCGACGAAGGAGACUCGGAAGCGCCUGGAGGAGGACCUUCUCAGGCCACGACAUCAAUCACCGAGCGAGCUGCAAGGAUUGUGGUGGACUACUCGAGGCUAGACGAAUCCUUCUUCGACCUUGAUGACGACGAAGUUCGAAAGGCUGAAAACAAGCUGGGCAAGCAGAUCAACGAGCUGAGCUCGAUGCUGCAGAAGAUCCAAAUGCCCAACAUGCGCGCCAUGCAGAAACUGGACAUGGCCAGGGAGAAGCUGCAGGAGACGAACGAAGAGUUCGACUCUGCUAGACGCCGUGCCAAAAAGUCCAAGCAGGCGUUUGAGCGGGUCAAGAAGGAGCGGCACGACCGGUUCAUGAGCUGCUUCGAGCACGUGGCUAACGAGAUCGACGGCAUCUACAAGGCGCUGGCGCAGAACCAGUCUGCGCAGGCGUUCCUCGGCCCGGAGAAUCCCGAGGAGCCCUACCUGGACGGCAUCAACUACAACUGCGUGGCGCCCGGGAAGCGGUUCCAGCCCAUGUCGAACCUCUCGGGAGGAGAGAAGACGGUGGCGGCGCUGGCGCUGCUGUUCGCCAUCCACAGCUUCCAGCCGGCGCCGUUCUUCGUGCUCGACGAGAUCGACGCGGCGCUGGACAACACCAACAUCGGCAAGGUGGCCGGCUACAUCCGCAGCCAGACUGCCACCAGGCUCCAGGUUCUGGUGAUCUCGCUGAAGGAGGAGUUUUACAGCCACGCGGACGCGCUGAUCGGUAUCUGUCCCGACGACGGCGAGUGUCUGGAGAGUCGCGUGCUGACGCUGCGCCUCACCGACUACGCCGACCACCUGGAGUCGGAGCCGGCGCCGGGCGCGCCGCGCCGCUGAGGGACGCUGAGCUGCGCCGCUGAGGGACGCUGAGCUGCGCCGCCGCCGGCCGCACUACGCCGACCACCUGGAGUCGGAGCCGGCGCCGGGCGCGCCGCGCCGCUGAGGGGCUCGCUGCUGCGCCGCACAGGGACGCCGCCGACCACCUGGAGUCGGAGCCGGCGCCGGGCGCGCCGCGCCGCUGAGGGACUCGCUGCGCCGCCGCCGCCGCCGGCCGCCGCCUGGUGUGCGCCCCCGCCCGGACAGCCGAGCGGUCUCUGCCCGGUGGAUGGCCGACGAGUCGCCGUCGUGCGCGCAGUGCCGGUGAGGUGACGCUGACGCAGUACAGACUGCCACCAGCCCGGGGCGCGGCCUCCCGACUGCGAGACACUACCGGGCCGGCUACACACCGCACCCGGGGUCUGUACGUGCCGGGAUGGGUGCCGCGGCGCGCUGCGGAGGCGGCACCGACCGUUUUUAGUUUUUAGAGCAGUGUUCACGUUCAUGAGUGUUUCGAGUACGGAAGUGGGGAGCUCGCGAUCAUAACCUUGUUUUGUUGGGUGCAGAUGUCCACGUUUUAACGGUCUGUCAUUCGCAUUGGCACUUAGCGAGUAUGGUACAAUUCAUUUCGGCGUUAGGCCCGCUAUAGCAAUUUCUCAGUGGUAGAAAUGAUUGUAUAUGGCGUAUAUUGCUACAGUUCGUCAUUCGUAAGUUUCACCGGGCUAAUUGUCUUUUUGUAAAUACAUUCAAAAAUAUUACUUAUAA